AUGUUGAUUCUCGGAUUGUCGUCCGCCUUUAGACCAGCAGUGUGUCGCAACAGCUUUCUGUCUGCUACGUGUCCUAGGAUUGCCGCGUUCUCCACUGGUCCAAGUGUAGGUCGUGGUUUGCUGGCGAACGUCGGGCAAAAGCGCUCUUUGCUGUCUGCGCCUGCAAUACUUUCUCGCUCAGUCACCACAGAUGCUCAUGCUGUUACCGCGAAUUCUUCACAAGAGGCGUGGAAGCGGUUUGGAAUUACGGCCGCAGCUGUUGCGGGUACUAUAAUUGUUGCAGAAGCCUUUUUAAAUAGGGACACAAGAGAUGUUCUGAACCCGGUCGAACGAUCAUAUCUUCAUGAUAGCUUCAAGUACACUGCAGGGGGUCUCGCCCUGACUGCUCUUUCCGCAAGGAGCAUGUUCAAAGCUGGUCUCCCCUACAGGAUGAUGCUAGCCAAUCCAUGGGCCGUGCUUGGUGUCAGUCUGCUCGGAAGCAUUGGAACCAUGAUGGGAGUGUACUACACCCCUCCAGAGAAGUCCACACAGAAGCACCUUUUCUGGGCGGCAUUUAACGUCUGCCAAGGAGCUACCCUGAGUCCUAUCUUCUUCUUCAGUCCAGCCAUACUAGCUCGCGCUGCACUUUACACAUGUGGUGUCGUCGGUGCUCUGUCGUAUGUUGGUGCCACCGCUAAAAACGAGAAAUACCUAUAUAUGGGCGGUCCACUCCUGGCUGGAGUGACGGUUGUGGCCCUAAGUUCAAUAGCCCCUAUGGCCCUCCCACUAGGCCUACGCGGCCUUGCCGUUGCCGAAGCCCUAUCAAUCUAUGGCGGCCUGGCUGUCUUUAGCGGUUUCGUGCUUUAUGACACUCAAAAAAUCUUGCAGCACGGGCGGGCCGUGCGGAUGGGUUUAAUGGCACCAGACCCCAUAGGGGAAGGCUAUCUCCCUCGAACUGGACAUGAUUAA